CGCGCGCACGCGUGGCGCGUCCCGUUCCGUCUCACUCGCUCCCCUUCUCCCUCUCGCCGCCGACGGACGACCGUUGGCGGAACGGUCCGCCGUUCUCUCGCUCACUCUCUCUCGUUUACUCUCGCCGCCGUGACGUUGUCCGUCUCUCUCCCUCUCGAGAUUUAUUCUUUCUUUCUUUUUUUUUUUUUUUUUUUACUUUUAAUGGCGUCCGCCGUUACUAUCAUCGCAGCCGCCGCCGUUUGACCCGAUCUUCUCCCCCGUUGCGUUGUGUUUACAGUGUUUUGUGCACGCCAUCCGAGUUUUCGCGCCACCGCCGCACUUUUCGUUCGACCUCGAUUUAUCAUCGCUCGCGACAACCGCCGCUGCUGAAGAAAGAGCCCCGUACGACGUGACCACCAGCCACCCGCUUACGCGCUCUACAUACCCACGCUCAGACGACGUUGUUUUGCCAUACGUGUCGGCGUCAUGUCCGCCAAACGGCAAUCCAAAGGCAAAGCGAACGGCGUGUCACGCAAAAAGUCCAAGAUCGUCGAAGACGACCCGCCCGUGUUGAGUGAAGAAGACGACGAUGACGACCGGAGGUCCGAUGACGACGACGUUGACGAGCUGGCCGAAGACAACGCGUCCCUGAGAGUGAAAGGUCCGGAUCACAUUGGUGUUGUGCUUUUAACUGGUGGAACUAAUUGGGAUUUAAAUGGUCGCAAGUCUAUGCCAAAAGGAUGCAAGUCUGUUGGUCGAAAUUUAUAUGAACCACACUUAUUUGGACCACUAAAAGAUAACCGUAUUCGUUUGGUAGUGAGUAGCUGCAAUUCUUCACACACUAUCUUUAUAACUGAAGAAGGAAAAGCUUUGUCUUUAGGACGAAAUGAAAAGGGUCAACUGGGAGUCAAAGAUUUACUCAGGCGUGACGUUCCAACUCCAAUUGAAGGUUUGCCUGAUCAUGCUAUUGUUAAUGCUGCUACUGGCCGUGGACAUACAUUACUUCUCACUGAUCGUGGUGCAGUAUACAGUUGCGGUGAUAAUAAGAAUAGUCAGUGUGGCGUGAAGAGCAAAGACCCCUUUGUUACAACAGCAAUGAGGGUUAAAUAUAAUGGACCUCCAAUUGUAAAAGUUGGUUGUGGUGCUGAGUUCAGCAUUUUACUUGACUGUAAAGGUACUUUAUAUUCAUUUGGUUUGCCUGAAUAUGGACAAUUGGGACAUAACACUAAUGGAGAGUAUAUUGAGAGAGCUGGUGCUAUUAACUUUGCUACAGUCAAACUACCCAAGCCUAUAAUGACUUUUGUUGAGAAAACAAAGAAUAAAGUAGAAAUUUUGCCUAAACCUGAAAUCAGAGAUUUUGCAUGUGGUACAAAUCAUACAGUAGCUAUUGAUGACCAUAAAAAAGCAUAUUCUUGGGGAUUUGGAGGUUAUGGACGGCUUGGACAUUCUGAACCAAAAGAUGAAUUACAACCGAGACUUAUCAAAUACUUUGAUGUUCAAAGGAGUGGUGUGAAACAUGUUGCCUGUGGACCUGCAUUCAGUAUUGCAAUUAAUGAAUUUGGCGCUGUUUAUUUAUUUGGACAAAUGAGUAGUCGAGGAGAAGCUAAUAUGUAUCCCAAACCGGUACAAGAUCUUCAUGGUUGGAAUUUACGCAGUAUUGGUACAUGCUCUAUUGGGUUAGUUGCAGCAGCUGAUGACUCUUGCAUUGUUUGGGGUUCUGGAACUAGCUCUGGCGAAUUGGGUCUUGGAGAAUUAAAAAAAUCCAGUGCUAAACCAUGUGAAAUGAAGAAACUUGAUGGAUUAUAUGUAGAACAGGUGACUUGUGGAUCUGCACACACAUUUUUACUUGCUCGAGAUCUGUCAGAAGACGACAAAGAUAUUAUUGCUUCCAUGCCGGAAUAUAAACCUGUUGUAGCUUAAACUACAGUGAACAGAUAAAACAACAAACAAUAAUAUAUAUUUAUAUAUAUAUUUUUUUUUAAUUUGUAUCUUAAGAACCAAGUGGUAUUUAAUAUUUUUUUUACUAUAUUAUUAUAAUUUAAUUUUUUUUCUACAAUAUUCGUUCCAUUAGACUUAAGCUUUAAUGUAAAUGAGCGGAACAAUGUCAAUCAGAACUAUGUUCCUGAUAGGUACAAGAUUAACUGGUCUGUUCUCGAUAUUUUUUUCCUAUUAUUAUCAUUUAUUUGUCAAUUGACAAAUGUUAUACUAGUAAAUGAAUAAUAAUAUUAAAUAACUUGAGUUUUUUUUACAA